AUGACACGCACAGUCGGCGAGCUCAAAGCGGCCUCUGCGCCUUUCUCUCUUCCUACGCACCAAGCGGGAUAUGUGCCUCCCCCCAAGGUUGACGCGGCCGCUGAGGCCGACAAUCUCAUCGCCGGCCUGAACAAGGCGAUCUCGUCCGGCGAUGCGGACGCGUUUGCGGCGCUGUUCCAUCCCGAUGGCUUCUGGCGUGACGCGCUCGUCUUUACGCGCGACUUUCGCACCAAUGCUGGCACCCAGCGGAUUGCCCAGGCGGCGAAGGCCACUUUCGACCGGACACAGGCAGCCGACUUCGCUCUGGCUCCCGCCGGUGCUAAGGUUGACACCCCUUUCCCAGACCUUACGUUCCUUACCGUGCACCUCACGUUCUCGUCUGUGCUCGGUCCAGCGUAUGCUCUCGCCCGCCUGACGUACAAGGACGGCUGGAAGAUCUUCACGCUGUUUACUACUCUUACCGGCGUGCACGGGCAUGUGCAGCAGGUCGGGGAGGCGCGGCCGCGCGGCACGCACAACGACAAAGAGCCCUUUGAUGCUCGGCGCGCGCGCGAGACCGCGCACGAGGGCGGUGACCCCGACGUCCUCAUCAUUGGGGCAGGGCACAACGGCCUCACGGUGGCCGCGCAGUGCAAGUCUUUUGGCCUUGACGCGCUCUGCAUCGACCGCGAGAAGCGCAUCGGCGAUAACUGGCGGCUGCGUUACAGCUCGCUAUCUCUCCAUGACCCCGUCUACACCAACCACCUGCCUUUCAUGCCCUUCCCGUCGACGUGGCCGCAGUUUAUUCCAGCCGGCAAGCUCGCGAACUGGCUUGAGAACUACACCGAUGCCCUCGACCUGAACGUGUGGACGCAGGCGACCACUGACCCCACUCGCACGCGCUACAACCCUGACUCGGAGCUGUGGGAUGUCAUGGUACUGCGCACGCAGCCAGACGGAACCGUGACGGAGCGCAUCAUGCACGUUCGCCAUGUUGUUAUGGCCACGGGUAUCGCUGGAGGUGAGGCCCGCCUCCCGCCCCCCGUGCCGGGCCAGGACACUUGGGAGGGAAAGAUCCUGCACUCUUCGUGGCACCCUGGAGGUGGCGCAAGCGCCGGCAAGCGCGUGCUCGUCGUUGGCGCAGCGACCUCAGGUCACGACAUUGCCAUGGAUCUCGUGCAGAACGGGGCACAAGUCACGAUGCUGCAGCGCUCGCCUACUUUCAUCAUGUCUAUCCAGAACGGGACGCACGUACUCCAGGCUGGCCUGUUCAAUGACAAGACCGACAUCGAGCUGGCAGACAUGACGGCGCGCAGCUUGCCCACCCCGGUCGGGCGGGCAUUCCAGCAGCGCUCGACAGCGUGGCUGUCGCAGGUCGACGCAGAGCUGCUCGCCGGGCUUAAGAAGGCCGGCUUCCGCACAUACCCCGGGCCAGACGGAGCGGGCUUCUACCAGCUUGCCGUUGAGAAGGCCGGCGGGUACUACUUCGACACGGGUGCGUCGCAAAUGAUCAUCAAGGGCCAGAUCAAGGUGCGGCAGGGCCAGAUCGCGAGCUUUGGGCCCGGCAAGACCGUUCGCUUUGCCGACGGCGAGGCUGAGUUCGACGAGGUCGUCUUCGCCACUGGCUACGGCGGGUACAAGAACACUGUGGCGCGCGCGCUCGGAGAGGAGGCCGCCGCACAGCUCAGCACCGUGUACGGCACAGACGUCGAGGGCGAGAUCCGCGGCAUCGCGCGCGACUGCGGCAUACCCAACGUUAUGUUCAAUGUCGGCAACCUCGCGUCAUCCCGCACAUUUUCCAAGCUUAUCGCACUGCAGAUCUUGCUGGAGCGCGAGGGCAAGCUCGGUGAGCGUUAUACCAUUGAAAAGCAGGCAGCGGAGGCGGCGUAGGGGGAAACAGUAUUGUAUUCUCG